AUGAUAUACUCGUCUAGUAGCUUUCCAGAAAGCUGGGGUCAGUCGGAUGGUCACCGUUUCACGUACCCAGCAUCACCUCUCUUAACACAAGGACCUGAAAUAGGAUCAGAGGCUCUUUGCUCAGAGCCUGGACAAGCUGAGGAAUGUGUUCAUGUCAAGAACAUUCCUUUGGAUUCCACCGCGGAGAUUAUUAUGUUCGAUCAAGGUGGCGAGUCCGACCACAUCUUCCAUCUUCACGGCUACAGUUUCUAUGUCGUUGCCAUGCAGCAAUACAACAGAAGCUUAGACAAAGACUUAGUAAAACAAAUGAACGAAGAAGGAAUUUUAUUUAAUAGAAGAAAUGUUAAAAAUCCAGUGCUAAAAGACACCGUAGUGAUUCCCAAAUUUGGUGUUGUUGCUCUACGCUUCAAAGCAGAUAACCCCGGUUACUGGAUGAUGAGGGAUGAGAGAUCAGCUCAUUGGACACGGGGGCUCGAUUUUGUUUUAAAAGUCGGUGAGGAGAAGGACUUUGUUCAGGCACCUUCAGACUUCCCUAAGUGUGGUUCUUAUGUUGGUCCAGAAUACUUUUUAAUUUAA